AUACUUUCGAAAUCUCCAUAAAAUUUCAUGUAAAAUGAUUUCAUUUAUUUUUUAGAAAAGACAGGAUUUAGCUGUAGAAUCACAGUUGAAACAUACGCAUUCUCCCUGUGAUCGCCGUCACUGGGGAUCGCCAUUUUGUGAAUUGACCCGCCGUGGUGUGACGUAUCUUGCGAGCUGGCCGUUAUUGUAUUCUGAUUGGUCGGUGAAUUUGUACAUGAAUAUUGAUCUGUAAGAUGCUUAAUAGCAUUUUGUUUUUCACUGUUAAACUUAUAUGUAAUUUAAAAAUAAUUAUUAAAUAAACUUGUAUUUAUUAACGUUCACAAAACUGUUGCAAUAAAUUGUAAAAAGAGUCUACAAAACAAAACUCGUGUAAUUUUUAAAUUGGUUUCGUCGUCAAACGCGCACGCAUGUACGUGCGUGCAUCGUACAUUUGUAAACAACUUUCGGCUUUCUGUAUCUACGGAAAAUCCAGAUAGCUUCUUACUAUCUUACUAAGAAUAUCGCGAAUUUCACAACUUUCUUCAAUAUACGAUCGACAUGUCAUCGUCUGAUGAACCAGUGUGCUAUGGGUUUGAUCCAGAAUACAGCGAAGCUGAAUUGGCAGAAAUGGAGGAGAGGCGAGCAGCAAUUGAUCAAGAAGUCGACGUCGUCCGAGAAGAUGCUCCCGACCCAUUGCCAGCCCCAGACAGGAUGGAGAACAACGAUUGGUGUCUGUGCGGGAACUGCCCGGUGAUGCCGACGGUUGUCGAGUGUGUGUGCUGCCGUGAACUAGCAAGGUGCCGAGAGCUGCAGCCGGAAGGAUGCGUUAUUGACGCUCGAGAAUUUGGUGAAGUCUGCCUGACAGUAGCAGUUCUUCGAGUAUUCCACAUUGCUCGACGGGAUAUAAGGGGUCAUCGGCGCCAUGUUCCAGGAGAAUUGGAGAAUAUAUCAUAUCGGUUUGCAGGCUACAAAUUAUUUACGUACUUAGUGCACGGUUACCUGGGGAAAGGAGUCCGGAGGGUUGUGCCAGCAUGUGCAACGACAAGAAUAAGACUGGAAUUUCCUGAAGACCCUGCGGUUUACGUCGGAUUCAAGUAUGGUGACGAUGGAGAAAUAAUGGAAGUGCCGGAACAACUUGCCAUUUGAUAACCGAACUUUCCUAUAUCAUGUCUGUUUUAUAGGAUUUUUUUUCAGUGAGAUCAUUAGACUAGUUUUUUACUUAUUAAUAAUCAAGGGUUCGUAAUAUGUAUGUAAUGAUAUUGAUGAUUCCGAAUUUGGCUUUUAAAUAUGUGGAAAGAAACCAAUUGUUGUUUAAACUGAAGUAGUUAUGAGUAUAAGAUUGAAUUUCAUAGAUUUUUUUUUUUUUUUUUUGUGGGGGGGGGGGGGG